AUACCAUAGCUGCCUACACUUAACAUCUCAGUUCCAUUUUCCAGAGAGAGAAAGAGUGGGGACAGAGAGAGAGAGAGAUGUACUGUUACACGGGAAGAUAGCUGUGGAAUUUGACCAGAGCAACAAAUAACCAACUAAUAUCUCCCAGUUUUUAUUCGCCGGACAGUCACGACUUUCCUUACUUACAGUGGUUUUCCGACAUCAUCCACCACAUGGAAGAUACUGGCUUUGUACGGUUUCCGGGAAGUUUGGACCCCGGAGCCCAAGAGUUCAGACCCAGUAACCCGAACCAAAUACCCAUCUUCGGGCCUCCUCAGCCGCCGCCACAACUGCUACCACCGUCUCCAUCUCCCCACCAGGUUUACUACCCCUACCCACCACCGCCAAUCAGCGAAGUUGUACCGUACGCUCCGUUCUCCGCGCCAGCCGCGUACGUUAGUGCGGGGGCUACUGUAUGCGCACCGUUGCCGCCUCCGAUGGCGGCUGCCACACGCGCAGUGCUUCUGAACGGGGUUCCGAGUGACGUCAGCGAGCGGACUGUGCGGAGGGAGUUGGAGGGGUUCGGGGAGGUGAGGUGGGUGCAGAUGGAGAGGGCGUGCGACGGUAUCGUGACCGUCCAUUUCUACGAUCUGAGGCAUGCAGAGAGGGCGUUGCGGGAGAUUCGGGAGCAGCACAUGCAGCAGGAAGACAGGAUUCGUAACCACUACGCCGCCUUGUCGUUCACGACGGCCACAUCACCUCUGCCGCCUCCUAUUUUCCCGCUUCCGUUUCCUCCGGGUCGCGGCCUCAUCGCCGGGCAGGCCGUGUGGGCCCAGUUCGUCAUUCCGGCCUUGAAAGCCGUCCCGGACGGCCACAAUCAGGGCACAAUCGUCAUUUUCCAUUUGGACCCGGCUGUCACCACCUCCGCUCUCAAAGACAUAUUCCAAGCUUUUGGUGCUGUGAAGGAAUUGAGAGAGACGCCAUCGAAGAAGCACCAAAAAUUCAUCGAGUUCUUCGACGUCAGACACGCGGCGAGAGCUCUCGAGGAGAUGAACGGCAAAGAAAUCAACGGAAAAUCAGUUGUGAUUCAAAUCAGUCGGCCCGGCGGCCACAGCCGGAAGUUUUUGAAUGCGGUGGCUCACACUGCCCCCACUCUACUUUCGCCUCACAAUCUCUUUGCACCGCUGCCGCCGGCCGAAUUGGCUGUGAAAUUCUCUAGACUCUCGAACAGUUUUAGAUUGGCGGGGCCGCGGCCUCUUCUUUGUACAUCCUCAUCGCAAAUCCAAUUUUCAUCGACUAGGAGCAAUAAUAGAUCAAGUAGUUCUAGCGGCAGCAAGGGAAUGGUAAUUAGCAGAAACAAUGUUGAAUCCAAAAUGGCGGGUUUAAAUUUGGAUGCAAUCCAAGAGAAAAGGUGGUCUUCGUCUUCGAAGAAGAUGAGUUGCGGGAGCUCGCAGAGUCCGAAGCAGCCGAAGAGCAGUAGGGCGAAGAAGGCAAGACAAGCGAAGAAGUUAGAUUCUAAAUUUUUAAUCAACGAAGAUGCCAUAUCGGAAUCCACCAGCGGAGAUACCAGAACCACCGUCAUGAUCAAGAACAUACCCAACAAGUACAGUCAGAAGCUGCUGUUGAACAUGCUGGACAACCACUGUAUCCACUGUAAUGAACAGAUCAUUAGCGCCGGCGAUCACGGUGGUGAUGAUGAUGAAAAGCAGCCUUUCUCCUCCUACGAUUUCGUUUAUCUUCCCAUUGAUUUCAACAACAAGUGCAAUGUGGGAUAUGGAUUCGUGAACAUGACGACUCCGCAGGCAACAUGGAGGCUGUACAAAGCCUUUCACCAUCAACAUUGGGAGGUCUUCAAUUCCCGGAAAAUCUGCCAAGUCACCUACGCUCGAGUUCAGGGAUUGGAGGCGUUGAAGGAGCAUUUCAAGAACUCGAAGUUCCCGUGCGACAUGGAGCACUACCUGCCAGUGGUGUUUUCUCCGCCUCGGGACGGGAAGCAACUGACCGAACCACUUCCCAUUGUUGGCGUUGGCGCCCAAAUUAAUAAUAAAACCCACUCCUCCACCACCUCCUCCUCUUCCUCCAUUUCUCUCCUGCUCCCGCCACCUCACCAUCACGAUAUUGAUUACGACGCGCCUGUGUCCGCGUGUGAUACGGACGACGACGGCAGCCAGAACGGCGGCGCCAUGGCUGACGAUGAUGAUGAACAAGAUAUACAACUACCACCUACCUAGCUAUAAGUUCAUUAGAAAAAAAGGCAACCAGCAGCGGCUACCUCCACCGCCAUGUUAUGUCGUGUUUUGUAAGUUUUCUUUUUUCCUUUUCAGUCCAAAGUUGACUAGCGUAUAUUCUCGAAAGAAGGAAGAAUUGCAAAGGGCUCGUAUUGAUUUCUUGUUUUGCUAAUGUAGUUUGAAUUAAUCUAAUGUGUUUUCUUCA